AUGAAAAACCUACCCAGGAUUAGACCGGUGGGUGGAUCGUUCAUUGCUGCUGCCCUUCGGUGCAUUUUGGUGACGAUCUAUUGUUUCCUGCUGGCCUUGUAUACGCGUCCCGUCGGCUUGAUUGUAAACGGACCUGGUACCUGCGUCCCAGUUGUGCUUGGGUUCUUCCUCGCCAAACUUGUACCCACCUGGCGACAGGGACGACCUGUCAUGCGCAUACUCUACGUCGAGUCAUUCUGCCGCGCACGGUCCCUAUCCAUGUCGGCUGAAAUUUGCCUACCGUUCGUUGAUAAGUACGCAACACCCGAGUGUAUCAUCGGCACAUAUACCCCGGCACAUAUACCCCGGCACACAAGACACUACUUGUAUAGAUUAAUUGUACACUGGCCGAAGACUUACGCCGCCAUCCCCAAGAUGUACCGGUACAAGAGCGUUUUGUUGGAAGGUGAAGGUUCCAUAUAUCUAGGACCGUCACUUUUGCCGGCUCAGUAA